UUUUCCUGCCCACAGAGCGUUUUCGAUUAUGUUACCUACACACUGACACGGUGCAUAUUGUUAAUUAGGUCUGUUUUUUUUUUUCUCAUCAGUUAAUGAUUGACUACCUGUUGGUUACGGCCGUGUGAUGUCCCUGGUAAUCGGUAAGAGAACAGCGGCGUGUUCCCAUAGAUACAUCCCAACAGAUGAGCUCCCAUGAUGCCCAGCCUACAUCGUGGGGAAACUACAGACACCCGUUUAGGCUUUUACCAUCACCUGCUGCGUAGCGGUGCACACGAAGCGAAUGACUCUGCACCGUUUCCCUCUGUAGCUGAGUGAAAUUCUGCUCAAACUUGGGGAUAGAUGCCGGGACACAUCAACAGUUCCAUGCAUGUGGUUAUAUUUCUAUUCAGUAAACUCCUCCGUUUGCCCUAAACGUCUUCGUAUCCAAACUGCUGACCUUCUCGAAGACCUGCGUGCCGCGUACAACUCCACUCAACCCUAAACAUUUGGCCAGGAUGGACCAGCUCUAAUGUCAUUGUAAUGGCCUAUAACUUUUUUUCUAGCGAUUGGGAUCAACUAGUUGCCAGUUUAUUAUAACUAAAGAUAUCCCUCCGUCGCGCGCCAGCCUGCUUUUACGCGUAACGAUGAGCUCGGAGAAGCCGAACUUUCUCUCACAGCCCGUUGUGAAGAACAUUUUCAUGUUCCGAAACGGUGAUCCUUACUACGAGGCUCGCCGCAUUGUGAUAAACCAAAAGAGGGUGUCCAACUUUGAGACUCUGUUGAGAGAGGUGACCGGCGGGAUACAAGCCCCGUUUGGAGCGGUGAGAAACAUCUACACGCCGAGAGGAGGCCACAAGGUGGACUGCUUGGAGAGCCUGCAGAGCGGGGAGCAGUACGUCGCUGCUGGGAGGGAGCGAUUCAAAAGGCUGGAUUACCAACAUAUUGGCUCAAGAAGGAAGAGGAUGAUGCAGACUCUUCCUAUGCAGGCCAGACCACUCCCACCAAAUCGAAUUAUUGUGUCAGCUCGAUUCCUCAAACCCAUCAAGGAGCCAUGUACAAUAUUUGUGGUAGCAAAUGGUGAUGUCUUGAACCCCGCCAUGAGGCUGCUGAUCCAACAGAGGAUGCUUGGCCAGUUCGACAAAAUACUAGAGAUGAUCACAGAGAAGAUGGGUUUGAAAGUCCUGGGGGGUGUUAGAAGUUUGUACACCUAUGAAGGCCACCAGGUAACUGAUGGGAAUCAGCUGGAAGGCGGCCAGCUUUAUGUGGCUGUGGGAAGAGAAAGGUUUAAGAAGCUGCCCUAUAGUGACCUACUCUUCACUAAACCCAGAGGGACAAGGAGGGUCAGUGGCAUGAAAGCUUACUCUCUACCACCUAUCUACAGAUUCUCCAAGCAAAAUGGAAACAGUAAGUCUAUAGUCAGAAGCAGUGAUAGUGGUGAUGGAGACUCCAAGGCCUCUCCUCCGGGCUACAAUGGUAACAACAGUAAGGAGCACCUGUCCUCCAUUGUCAGAGAGAUCUCUCAGGCCAGACUCAUCUCCCUCAGGAAGAAGAGAAGUGGACAAAGCAUGACCCUCGGCGUCUCUGACAAUGAUGACCCAGAAUCAAAGGCUGAUGACACAAAACCCAAAACCCCUCAAGACCAACUGGCUGAAGAGCUUGCUCCAAACUUGCUCCUCUUCCACCUCACGCCACUCCCAUCCCUGCCUGAACUCGCCGUGUCACCGUUGUCCCGGAGUCAUAGUCCUGGUUGGAGCCGCUGUAAAUCACCUGGCCUCCGACAGGGUCCUGGCCGUGGUCCCUGGGAGGCUCUUAUGCUCGCAGUCCAGAAACCUGCAGAUGAUGAUGCAAAAGCCACAGAAGAGAAUGAUGAAAGGGAAGCACAGAAGGAAGAGUCUGCUGCUGCUGAAAACGCUAGCAACGAUGAAAAGAUGGGAAACCAGGAGACAAACGGUGAAAAAGAGGGAGGGGAAGAGAAGAAAAAGGAGGUAGAAGCAGAAGUAAAGGAGGAGGUCACGGAUGAGAGUAAGGAGCAGGUUAAGAGCGAGGAGCAGGCGUCCAGCAGUAGCAACAGCGAUAAGACCCGGGACAGUCAAGAGAAAAAAGAUGGAGGCCAUACAUCUUCCGAGGGUGAAAAGGAUGAGCAAGACAAAGAUAUAGAAGAAGAGAAGCAAGAUAAAGACAGUGCAAAGGGGGAGAAAAGCAGUGAGGACCAAGUUAAUGAUGUAGACACGGGGGAGGAACAGAAAGAGACAGAAAACAGCAAUGACCCGGGGAAGACUCAGUCAGAUAACGAGACAAAAGAGAAUAAUAGCAGCAGAAGUAACAGUAGCAACAGUAACCAGGAAGAAGAUGUGAGCAAAACAAAAGAGGGAGCUACCAAAGAGUCCGGAGAAGAGGAGAGAAAGGUGAACGGAAAGGUAAGUGGAGAAGAUGAAGAGGUGGAAAGUGAAGCAGAGCUUGACAUGGAGGAGGAACACUCAGCCAGUCGCAAAGAUGCCACAGCAAAUGGAGAGAAAGGGGAGGAGAAUGAUAAAGACAACCAAGAUAAAAGCGGGAAAGGGAAGAAGUAGAAAAGAAAGAGAAAAUGGAGUUGAUAGAUGAGCCGUGCUGAAAAUAGCAAGCAAUAUUUUACAAUGCAAUCUAAAAAUAAUGAAGGUGGCAGAGCAGAAAGCAAAGCCAAGACAUAUUCAGAGAUAUUUUUUACUAGAUGGUCUUGUAAAAUCUGCACUGAUAAGAGAGUGUCCCAAUAUGGAGCCUCUAAUAGAUGUUUUGCAUGGCUGACUGCUAAAUUAUGUCCAAAAGUAAAAAAAACAAAGAAAAAAAGAGAAAAAAAAAGCACCAUCAAAAUUUCAGGUAUGUAUUCAAAAGUUAUUUAUCAAAACAUUAUUAAUUUGUUCAAAACUAUCAUGUUUGAAAUGGACAAAACAAAUAAAAGCUAUAAUAAUAUACUCUUAUUUUUCAUUAAGACACACUAUUACCUCUUGGGCUGCUUGAUUGUUUCAAUAUACAACUGUCUGUGAGCACUGUAGUGAGUGAUACUUGGGAAAUUAAAGUGUAGUUCAUAAACCAUCAUACAUUACAUGUUCAAAAAAUCUAUUUAUUUUUAACAUGUAUGAUUAUACUAGAUGCUUGUUUUUAAAGAUGUUUUUUGUAUGUAUGGAAGUUUUGUCCCAAAGAAAGUGAUACAAAUGAACUUUUUAAGUAAGCACAAUAAGCUAUGUGUAAUAUUGUAAGCCUACUGUAUUUGUCUGAAUGUCCAACAAGUUAUGUGUUAAUAUAGUCAUAUUUCUAAUCAUAAUCCUGUCACUGUGUCUUAUGCAUUUUUGUUUAUUUAUAUAUAUAUAUAUAUAUAUAUCUUCUACCAGAAAAUAAAAGAGAAAAUGAUGGUUAAUAAUAAUAAUUACAUAGUUACCAGAUGCUUUAAUAAAAGAGACUUUGCUCCAUCUCCUUAUAUCUGUCAACUCAUUAUAAAAUGACUUAAAUUUGUCCAAACAUAAUAAAAAAUUAAAUGAUA